AAUAUUGCCAGAAAAUUCCAUGAGUGUUUUAUUGUUAUUUGUUUAAAUAAUAACAGAAAUGACUUAAACGAAAUAUUUGGGAAAUUCACUUUAUCUUUGAUUUGAAAUAAAGUAGCACAUUAGUUCGGAUAUUCAAAUUUGAUGAUGAAUAUAUCGUCAAACCUUUCAAGAGAACCGCAAUUUCUAUCGUCCGACAAUUUUACACAAAUUCUGUUUGCAUACGGAGUUCCUGUGAUUUGCGUGUUCGGCAUUGUAGGGAAUAUCUUCUCAUUCAGAGUGUUUGUAUUUAAAAGUUUUAGAAACCAUUCAUCAAGUGCAUAUAUUGCCGCUUUAAGCGUCUCAGACUCUUGUUUCUUGCUGUCACUGUUUCUAAGUUGGCUUGGAAAUGGGACGUUUGGAUUCCUGUUUAGUGGUCACUGGUGCCAGGCGAUGAUUUACGUUACAAGCGUCUGCAGUUUUCUAUCAGUCUGGUACGUCGUGCUGAUUAUGAUUGACAGAUACCUUGUUGUCUGUCAUUCACUAAGAGUACCAGAGCUUUGUACAAAACGCCGGGCUAACAUGGCAACUUUGGCGGUCACGACUUUCAGCUUAUUGUUUAACAGUCACUUCUUCGUGACGGCUGAAGUACACGGGGACCAUUGUUCAGUCCAAGAGAAAUCGUCAAUGCUACACGUGCUUACAAUAUUUAUUUACAUCGACACCGCUUUAACAUUUAUCAUACCGUUUGCCAUUAUAUUUUUGUUAAACACGGUUGUGAUCAUAUCAAUAAAACGUUUUCAUUCUCGACACGUUCAACAACGAAACACACAUUUAUUGAGGAUCAACACCGUUUCAAAAGCACAGAUGAGGAUUACUCGUACAUUUACGCUUGUGUCAAUAGUGUUAUUAAUCACAAACGUUCCAAGCCACGGAAUCAGAUUUUAUAUAAUGAUAAAUAACUUGUAUGAGAAUCAGGACAUUAUAUUAGUCAAUGCUCAACAGAUUUUUCAAGUGAUUUAUUACACGAAUUUUGCUGUUAACUUUUUGUUAUACAGUGCGAGUAAUGAGAAGUUUCGACGAUAUUUUUCAUACAAAUACAUUUGCUAUAAUUUGUAUCGACGUCAAAACCAGUCAACGAAUGAGCACCUAUAUAGGUAGAAAAUAUACAUAAUAGUUACGUAAAUAUACUUGUAAUUAAAUAUUUGGAAAGAAGGAGCCAUGAAAUAGGCAGAAUAAAAGAAACUAAAAAUGAAAAACAUGAUAACUCAAAAAUGUAUUCCUAAAUAUGCCUUUACUACGACAGCAAGUUCAGGAUCUUAUUUUACUCUAACGAAAUUUCUAUAUGUCGACUAAUUUUGUUUACCAAUUAUAAUUUUCACAUUAGUGUACACAUGCCAUUUAAUUUUAUUUGAUUAACAAACUCACCUUGCCGAGCUUGUGAUUUUUAACAUCAAUCUGUCACGUACGCAUGGGUAAAAGAAAAUAAUUAUGCCAAUUAAUUAAAACUCAUGGCAAAUAUUCAAAGGAAAAUUAUUUUAUCGUUAGAAGUCAAACUAUAAACUAAGCAAGGAAAUGUGUAUUUAUAAAUAUGAAGCAAUGUGGCAACAGUUUUAGAAUUUACAUUGUAGUUCUCAAUACUGUUUUUGUAUGUUAAUUCGAAAUUAAAAUCAAUGAAGGGCACAUGUCCCUUUUUAAGAUGUAUUUGUAGCUAUGUAAGGUUUUCAUUGGAAACAUGGUGCUAUAUUUAAUAGUUAGUUAUUUGAUAUAUUUCUUUUUUAAAUAUGUACCUUGUGUGUCUUAUUAUUUUACUUUGAUGUAAAAAUAAAAUAACCUUUUUGAAAGACAAUCACAUAAGGUAAUUGCGGGCAUAAUUAAUUUGUUAUGUUAAUAUCUACAUUUCUAUUGUUUACGCCAAAAAUAUAGGUCAAAUUGUAUUUUGAGAAAUGAUUCAGACUUUUGAAGAAUAUAUUUCGGUAAGUCAUUUAUAAUUAACUGAAAGUUGAUACGUAAUCAGUUGUUGUACAUGUAAAAAUAUAAUUGGUUGUAUUAUACUUUUUGUUUUUGUAGAGUCUUACAUAUAAGAUGCUGAAUGUUAUUUGAAUGUGUUCAAUUUAAUUAAUAUGCUAAAUUGUUCUUUCGUCUUAUUAUCGUCUAACUGGUCAGACAAAUCAAAUUUUCUCUGAAAAUACAAAAUAGAUUACAAAAAUAAUGACUUAUGACUUUAUUUCAAAUGUAUGUAAUAUAUAUGAUAAUAGUUCAAAUGCAUUGAUGUAAUAUAAUACCAUCCAACAGACAAACAAACCUAUAUCACUUUCGAGUGUGAUACUGAAUGUUUACCAAAUAUAUUUGGUUUUAUUAAUUAGAAUAGUAAGUUAGACAAAAUAUGUAACAAGUGCUCCGCAAAGGCGUUGCAAUGAACGCCCGAAUGUUAAUUUGUUUCAGUUAUCAAAAAUGAUCUUUA